AUGUCAGAUUUCGACCAUGCAUUCGCGCAAUUGCAGCACAAUCCAACGCCAGAGCAAUUGGAGGUUUUUACCUCACAAGUGGAAACGCUAUCAAAAAUGCUGAAAUUCGACCAAAUGAAGCGAAAACUGCAGGAUUGUCUCUCAUCAAUCCUCCGAGAGCAGCGAUUCGACGGGAUUCGGCUCAGCGAGCACAUGCUGCGCCUCUAUAAACUUCUCGGCUCGUACAGUCGGAGUCUCGGAGGACGUGGUGUCUACGAGCAACUCUAUCGGAAAGCCCACUUCAAUGAAAGUCUGAAAUUCUAUCUGCAAUGGGCGGAGCAAUGUGCGAAGGAGCGAGUUUUAGAGCCGUUCAAGGAGGUUCUCCAGAAGGCGAGAGAUUCUCUAUCUGCCACAAUGUCAAUGUCUUCUAUCGAAUCGGGAUUCCGAGAUCUUGUCGACGAGUUUUUCGAUGGAAAACAGAGCGAUCUGUUCUUUAGUCCAGAUGAUACUAUGGAUUUGUUCAGAGAUCAUUCUGUGUUGAAGCCUGGGAGAAGAAACAAGAGACGAUCGUCCGUAUGCUUCCUUCGCGCGGUUGCACCGAUCAAUAACGAUAAGGAGCCGCUUUUUGGACGUGGAACCAAAACCCUCAUACGCUCCGAGUUCGUCGACACGCCCGCCGUCUACGGUGUCUCCAUCGAGGAGUUCCGUCUCGCCAACUACAAAGACACAUUCGGAGAAGAUGUCGAGCAUCAACAACGUCGUGAUUCAGGCAUUGUUCAUAUGAAACCAGUGUCCGAUGAGGCCCGCAAAGCUCGUGACGUCGUCGACGCUCGAAUGGCCUCGAAUCUCAACUCUCGACGUCGUCCACUUCCAGCUCUAGUCGAAGGAAACGCCGAUGAGGAGGAGGAGAAGAGAAGUCGCUUCAACUCUCCAGUGAUUCCCACUAGAGACGCCCAUCGGCCACCACUUCGUGCCAAGUCGGAGGUUCAGAGGACGUCGGAGACGAUCACAUUGUCGUCAGAUACGAAAUCGGUGAAGGAGAACAGCUACAAUGAGUUGGAUGAUAGUGUGGAGAAUGAGAAAUUGAGAGUUAUGGCCGCUGGAAGAGAGAAUACACGUCCAGAUCGUUCCAGCAAUUACUCCACGACAACGUCAUCUAUUAGAACCGCGAAAAGUGGCGGAGGACUAGAUUUGCAAGCUGAAAAUAAUUGUCUGGAAGCGCAUGCAAUGUUCUCGGAGACGCUGCAUUUGGGCGCCACUGAGAAGACUAUUCCAGUCGUGGCCGCUACUCAAAUCUACACAGAUUUCUCUGUACUCUGUGAUCCUGAUCCGACAAUGACACUGGAUCGUCCUCCACCGCCUGGAAAGAAGACGUCCGGAGGGUUGAAUGUGGUGUUCGAUGAGCAAGCGCCGGCUCCAGAGGAGCAAGUAGAGGAGGAGCAAGUAGAGGAGGAGGAGAAGGAGGAGACGAAGAUCUCAGAGCUGAAACCAAUGAUUCGGGAGAAAAUGAUCACCAAGUUAAAGGAGGAGGACGAGUCGAGAAGCACACUUCAGACGCCGCCGACGUACUCGUCGUCGCUCGAUGAAGAUGACGUCUUCUCCGAUGAGCUCGUCCACGGAUUCGGGAGAAAAACACGUGGCGGAAUCGUCACGUCGACACCGGCUGCUGGAAUUCCAUUUAUUGAUAUUGACUCGUAUUUUGGGAAUAAAUCGGAUGAAAACGCACGGCAAGUGGAGGAACCGGCGCCGCAGCCGACUUUCGCGGUCCCGCAAGGAAGCGCGUUCAAUAAAAUGCUCCGCCGAAAGUCACAAGCACCACCUGCGUUGACUCCAGCUCCACCACCACCAGCUCCAGUGCUAAAAGCGGAGCCAAACUCCUCGAUCGACUGUCUCUCUGACAACCUGGGACGUCGUCUUUCGAUCGGCGCCGAGGAGAUCAAAGCACUCGACGACACCGCCGAAAUGACGGGUUGCAUCCAACGUCGUCGUAGUGAAAUCAUCCGAAAAGGAGAUAUCAAUCCAUGGGACGAAUCGCUCCGUCGCAAACUAAUGGCAACCGUCCGUAGCCCGGUGAACAUGCACGAAUUCCAGGAGCGCGCCGCGAAAAUUCAAGCGAAUCGCGACUACGAAGUGGGCGGAGAGACGCUUCACAUUCAGACGGUCAUCGGACAAGGUGGCUACGCGAAAGUGUACAAAGCGGUCAACGAGGAGCGGAAGACGGUUGCGGUGAAGUUCGAAGUGCCCUCGUGCUCGUGGGAAGUCUACAUUUGUGAUCAGAUGAGGAAUCGAUUGAUCAAAGAAGGCGACGAGCGUCGUGUGAAAAUGGCGGAUUGGUGUAUUAUGCAAGUGAUGGAUGCAUAUGUAUUCUCCACGGCGUCCCUUCUCGUCAACGAAUACCAUGAAUACGGGAAUCUGUUGGAGUGUAUGAACCAUAUGAAAGACCCGAAUUGGCACAUCUCCGCGUUCCUUGUCGCACAGAUUGCGCGGAUUCUGAAGGAGGUGCACGAUUGUAAGAUUAUUCAUGGAGAUGUCAAGCCCGACAAUUUUAUGAUUACUAGAAAAAUCGACUCGAACUGGGAUCGCGAGGCGCUCAUGUCAUCCGACACGUUCGUCAUCAAACUCAUCGAUUGGGGGCGUGCCAUCGACAUGAUGCAACUCAAGGAUCAGAAAUUCAAAGGGCGCGCCGGUACCGACGGAUUCGACUCGCCCGAAAUGAUUGACGGACGCUCGUGGACGUACCAAGCGGAUUUCUACGGAUUCGCCGUCUCGAUGGCUGUCCUCUGCUCACCGAAAUACCCGAAACUCACCGGCUCGAUCGGAGCGUACUCGCUGAGCUGUGACAUCAAACGACGCAACGUACUCCGUGACACUGUCAACGAGAUUGCGACAAAGUUGGUGAAUAUUCCGUCGUGCGAUGAGUUGCCCGAUUGGAAUGAGAUUAUCGCCAAGUUUUCCGACUUUUGGGAGGAGAAUUUCGACGCGUCGGCGUGGAGACAAGCGGUUGCGAAGUUCAACGAUGCGUGCGACAUCGCCGCUGCCAAUAACAAAUAA